GAGUUGAGCGGGAGCGCGCGUGGGAGCGGCGUCCCGGCGCUGCCCAGGCCUGCGGACCUGCGGUGGCCCGGCUGUACGGCCCGGUAAGCGCCGCGGGGGAGCUGGGGGGUGACUGCUAGCUGGUUUUGGUGUUUUUUGGUUGUUCCUUAAUUGCUUUCUGGACUUCAGUCUGAAAAUAUUUUUUUGCUUCAACGUAUGUUUUUUUCUCACCGCAAAUAAAUAAACAACCAACAGCCCUGAAACAAAACCAGUGCCACGCAACCCGGGGAUAACUGAAUAUCUUGUGAAAGGUAAAAAUGUGCAGUUUCUGUGGCACAUUAGGUAUUACCGAUCAGAUAACGCUGUGCUCGCUCGUGGCCGGUACACAGCCAGCGAGGUUCGCUGCGGGGUGGCUGCUCCGACCCUUCGCGCUGAGCUCCGGGCGCAGCGCAGGGAGCGCCCUGCCUAUUCCUGCUGGGGCUGCUGAAGAGACGGUGCUUAUCCUGAGCCUUGCUUUGUACUUGUAAGCAAGUACAAUUCUUAAAGAUUCGCGUAGCACUGCAGUAACUUCUGCAACGCCGACGUACCCCUGUUCUAAACUGUAGGAACGUCAUGGCUGCUGAGAAAUUGGUUUUCGAUCGUGUCACGUGUGGUAUUAUUUACUAAAUAGGUGACGCCAAGUAUGAAAGGCAACGAUUAAAGCGUGCAGUGCUAACUUAGUAUUCUCCCUAUUCUUUUUACUAUUCGUUUUAAAAGCUAAUUUUUGGUUGGUAGUGUUUGUAUUGUUUUGGAGAAUAACAGCUGAGUUUCAUAGUGCAGCUGAGCAGGGAACCAGGUGUGGGCAGCAAGGCCUUGAGUGGGAUCAGCUCCCUCUGUGUUCUCUGAAUUGCAGUCAGCUGUGCUCUCUCUUCUUUCCAGUGGGAUUGCAGACCUUUUGAAAUGUGGAAAACAACAGUUUUGAAACUAGAACCUUCUGAGUGCGUUAGAGAUUUCGGUGUGGCCCUUGUCUUUUGCUUGCGCUGAAGCUGGAACAGCCAUCAGCCUUAUUUCAAAGAAAUGAGAUCUUGUAUUCCAGUCUUCUCCUUAAGCUCUAGGCCUGAUUCUGUUUGGGUCAAAAUAUGUUGUUCCUACUGCUUUGCGUAAUUUAUCUGAUGCUUGAUUGUCCUAUUUAUUUUGAGUAGCUAAAGGCGUGGAUCUGUUUCCCUGCCAGUAGAACUCAGUAGCUGUUUUGUUGGUCAUAAUGUAGGUGUGCUCAAACAGAAAACAUGAAAGCACAGAGCUGUGAAUUUAUGACCUGCUUGUGUUUUGCGUAAAAGAAUAGUGCUGUUCUGAUCAGGAUGUGCUUUGCUAUAGAAAACAAAAAUCAAAGCAUGUGGCAAAAACCCAGUAACAGAGCUGUGAAUGGGACAUAUUUCUGUAAGUCAACACCACCAAUCUGGUAAAUGGCAUUUCUCAUCAAAGAAAAUCAAACUUUCUUGGUUCAUUUUCUGUUAAUGUAUGUAUUGGGACAAAGAAGCGUUCUUUCACAGCAAUGGCAACAACACAGAACAGCUGCUUAUGGCUGGAACUUACCUGCUUACCUAGCAAAGAACUGUAAAUGAACAAUUCAUGUACAAGCAGCAGGUCAAGCUAAAUUUAUCAAUCUGAAAUAACUCCCUCCGCAUGCGAGAUACAGUGACAGCUCAUAGCAACAGGCUAUUUUAUGCUUGAAUGUGCUCCAAAGAGUGCAGCUCUUCUGAGAGCUGUGUAUCUUCCUUUCCAUUAAAUAAGAAUAUGAGAGAUAACGGUUUUUCAUGUUUGUUUUCAGAGAUAGCAUAAGAUUUUUUAUAAAAUGUUGUUUGGGUAUGUGUAUUAUUCUAGGUCAUAGUUUUCAGGGGCGCAUUCUCAAAUGUGUAUUAAAUAAGAAAAAUGUGCACGUGACAAACCAAAAGGCCACAUAUUCAUGUUUAAGCAUUCACUGAAGUGUUUGGUUUCCCAUGUGAAACUAACUAGGAAUGUCCUUACUCCCUUCUUGCCCUAUGUUGUUUCUGAGUUGCAUGGUGACUGUUGAGUCAUGGCCUGAACCACUGAUUGAGCACCUGGGGAAAAGAACCGGUCAUCCCUGGGAGCAUAGGUGAAGGCAGUUCAGGUGUGUGACUGUAAGGGGGUGGAGCCUGGCUGCACCUCUCUUAGACCUCAUUUAAUGUCUGGCUGCCACUGUGGAAGGUUCUCUUUCUGGAGAUGCCUCCUUUGUGGAGUUCUCCCUUAUGAACCUAGAUUUUUGGUGAUGGGUGAGCGGUCCUCUUCCUUUCCUUUGUAACACCUUUCUACUGCGUUAAAACCUCUGUUAUUACACCUCUUGUAUCGCCUUUCCAUCAUGUUGAACUUUUGGAUUGUUACAUUUGGUGAGCCAGCUAAGCUAAAAAUAUUAAAUAUUAUAUAUUAUUAUAUACAUAUAUGUUGUAUAUAUAUGAAUAUUAUAUAUAUAUAUGAAUAUAUAAAUAUUAUAUUCCUUUCUAUGAAAUAUCUUUAAAUGGGUCAAAGGGGAGAAUAUUACUACCCCCCUAGAUAAAACUAUACCAGGACACAUCCCAGGAUUUCUAGGAUUACCAUGUUAUGAGCUUGCGGUCAUAAUUGAAAAAUGGGGUUCCCUGCAGGUUAGUUGAAAUGUUUCUUCCCCAUCCCACAUAGCAGAUUAUUUCCAUGGAUAAGAUAAAGACAUUUUGAUCGCAAAAGAGUGACAGCUAGCUGUGUCCACCAUGGCGUGGCCAUUAUUAAAUGCAUUAAAUCAAUCAGAACUUUCAAACGACACAUUAGAGAAUGAAAGUCAAUUGCUACAUGAUCGUAUUGGGAAGAUAAAACAGCAACUUGGCAUAUUAACAGGAAGGAAACCAAGCUUGACUUUCCCUAUAAAACAAGUCCUGAACAUUGCAUUAGAAAAUACCCGGGCUCCUAACUCAAUGGACCUGGAUGAUUCAAAAGAUGAAGUUUCAAGAUCUGAUCUCAAAGCUCCACCUGAGAUGGACUUCUUUGAGAUCCAACCUGUAAUAACACAAAAAAAAAAACCAAAGAAAACACAAGAUAGAUCAGCAGGGGUGCCCCUGAUCCAUGGCCCACUGUUCAAACUUAUCUGCAUGUGACAGCCCACCCCUAUACAGCAUCUGAAUUAAUGGACUUAGUACAGCGAUUUUGACAAAAGCCUAGGGAAAGUAUACCAACUUGGCUUUUAAGAUUAUGGGACUUGGGGGCAGAAAGUGGUGUAGUUAAUGGACCAGAAAUUUCUAAGCUGGCAUCUAUCACCUCACACCCUGCCCUUAGAAUGAGACUAUAUGCCACCGUAUAGUCCAUACCCCAUACAACACCAGGACGAAAACCAUUCAUUAAUAGAUUGGAUAAUGGUGACAUGCCGUGUUACUUGACCUGAUAAGGCAGCUAUACCAUUGCGUACGAGCUUAUGGCCUCCAUGGAGGACCUUCAAACAUAUAUCUGUGAAUUGGGCAUGAGGGAGGUGGUAUACAAGGAGACAUUUGUAAGCCCAGAUUUGGCAGAAUUUUCAGCAGGGAUGAGGGACUUGAUUUUACAACAGGCACCCUCCCACCUUUAUGGGUGGGAUACUUUAGUAUCCAUACUGGGCCCCUGUGGUCUCAGAGGCCAUUGUCCAACAAGCUGCCCAGUUGGCAGCUGAUGUAGGGGAGACAGAGCACCUAAGAGCAAGGUGUAAUGUUAGGGCAGUAGAAGGAGCUGACAUACUCCCAGUCAUUAAGACUAGGAAGGCUUCCCCACAAAAACCCCGAUUGGGCUGCAUAUGGGUGUCUCAGAAACAAAUGUUCAUUGAUGUUAUAUGGGCUGGGAUGAUCCUUGCCAGGAUUGACCAGCAACCUAAUCAUACUUUAUUUCAAUUAUGGAAACAGUUAUGAGAUAAUCAGAAAUUUCUAAGUACUUCCAAAAGAGCAAGGGUAUGAAUAAUUCAACAAAUACCAAUAAGAACUUGGAACCUAGAGGACUUUAUGGUCCCUAAUAGAAGGAAAAAGUCCCGGGUGACUUGAGCUACAAUACCGUGCCACCUGAGGAAAAAGACCUGGCCAUCAGGCAGUUUAUGGUGUGACAGGGGAUGUUAGUUCCCCUGUAACUAGAGCCUCCAGACAGGACUGGAGGCCGUAUGUCAAAUUAAUGAUUUCUUGGUCCUGAAGAAGUGUACAACACGUUAUGGCAUUGGUUGACAUGGGUGCGGAACCCAGUCAGUGGAACGGUGCUCCAACUAAAUUCCAAGGAAACAGAGUAACGAUUGGUGGUUUGGGGGGGACAGACUAUUCCUGUCACCCAAAUGUGGUUGAAACUGGGGGUUGGGUGUCUCCUGCCCUGGGAAUAUAAAGUGUCUGUUGCCCCACUCCCAGAGUGCAUCUUGAGCAUAGACAUGCUAUGGGGUCUGACUCUCCAGACAACUGUGGGAGAGUUCAGACUGAGAGGGAUGUAUUAGUAUCUGGGCAAUGCAGGCGAUAUUAAGAGGCCAUGCAAAACAUGAGCCAAUUCUCCUGCCCAAUACACGCAGGAUAAUUGACACUAAACAGUAUAGACUCCUGGGGCAGGAGGAAAUGUCUGGAAUGGUGCGGAAGCUAGAAAAAGUAGGGAUCAUAAGGCCUGCACACAACCCAUAUAAUUCCCCCAUAUGGCCAGUGCGGAAGCCAGAUGACACAUAGAGAAUGACAGUAGAUUACAGAGACAUUACAAGGUCAUGCUACCCAUUCAUGCAGCCAUACCCAAUAUUGCCUUCUUGUUGUACACAUUGUGUAGGGAGAUAGAAACUUACCAUUGUGUCCUAGACCUGGCUAAUGAAUUCCUCAGUAUUCUUAUGCAUGAAGAAUUGCAAGACCAGUUUGCAUUUAUGUGGGGAGGCAGGCAGUGGACCUUUCAGAUCCUGCUGCAAGGGUGUGUGUACUCGCCAACCUAUUGCCAUAACUUAGUGGCAUGUAACCUAGCAGAAUGAAAGAAUCCUGUCAAUGACAUUGAUGAUGGAAUUGAGUGCACCCUCAGCAAAUUUGCUGAUGACACCAAGCUGAGUGGUGCAGUUGACGUGGAGGAAGGAAGGGAUGCCAUUCAGAGGGACCUUGACAGACUUGAAAGGUGGGCCUGGGUGAACCUAAUGAGGUUCAACACGGCAAAGUGUAGGGUUUUGCACCCCAGGAACCCCAGGCAUCUAUACAGACUGGAAAGAACAGUCCUUGAGAGCAGCUCUGCAGAGAAGGACCUGGGGGUCCUGAUGGAUGACAAACUUAACAUGAGCCAGCAGUGUGCUCUUGCAGCUAGGAAAGCGAAUGGUAUCCUGGGCUCCAUCAUGAGAGGGGUGGCCAGCAGGGACAGGGAGGUGAUUGUCCCUCUCUAUUCUGCUCUUGUGAAGCCCCAUCUGGAGUACUGUGUCCAGGUAUGGAGCCCUCAGUACAAGAAAGACAGAGAGCUGUUGGAGAGGGUCCAGAGGAGGGCCACAAAAAUGAUCAGGGGGCUUUAGCACCUCCCCUACGAAGACAGGCUGUGGGAGCUGGGCUUAUUCAGCCUGGAGAAGAGAAGGCUGCGGGGUGACCUCAUUGCAGCCUUUCAGUACCUGAAGGGAGCCUGUAAACAAGAAGGGAGUAAACUCUUUGAAAGGGUAUCUACUCGCAAAGAAAGGCCAAGAAUGGGACUGGGGUAGAAUGGAACAAGAGGCAUUCCGGCAAGCAGAGCUAGCUAUUAAACAGACAUAGGCUCUGGGUAUACUCAAUUCCACCCUUCCAGCCAAGCUAGGUGUUCAUGUAACUCAGGAUGGGUUUGGCUAGGGUCUAUGGCAUCAUCAAAAUUCCAUUCAAACCCCAGUUGUUUGAACCCAGUCAGGUUUGGCAUGGAGCAGAAGAAAGGUACAGUAUGAUUGAAAAACAGUUAUUGGCUGCCUCUACUCCACAUUGCAGGCAGUAGAGCCAAUAACUCAAACAUCUGAGGUCAUUGUUAAGACUGCUUUGCCAAUGCAGGGGUGAGUGAAAAAUCAGACCCACUUUCCUAAGACAGGGGUGGCCCAAGCACACACAGUGGCAUGAUUGGUCGCCUGUCUCAGCCAGAGUAGUCUGUCUUCAUCACCACGGAAAGAAGUACUCCAGAAGAUUGUAGGCCUAGUGACAUAUUGCAGCGAUACAAUGGAAGAAAAAAUGGCCACUUGAAUGGAGAAGAAUCCUAUUCAGGAAGGAAAGUAUCCCAUUCCUGAAGAUGCCUGGUGUACAGAUGAGUCCAGCAAGUGGAGAGCAGUGGCAUACCAUCCCUCCACUGAAAUAUUCUGGUUUGAAGAAGGGGAUGGUCAGAGUAGCCAGUGGACAGAACUACAAGCCAUGUGGAUGGUUAUCACCAAGGAACCCAGUGGCGAUGUCCUGAAUAUUUGCACAGUUGGACUGUGUACCAGGGGCUAGCUCUUUAAAUUGCACUGUGGGCCACCCAGGACUGGACUAUCCAUGCCCGACCAGUCUGGAGUAGAGAUAUGUGGUUAGAGAUCUGGAAUGUGGUUAGACACAGGACUGUACAUGUCCACAUUUCUGGCCACCAACCUCUACAGUCAAAAGGAAACAAUGAAGCUGACAACUGGCUCAAAUUCAAUGGAUUGAGGAUACGCCAUCCAAGAACAUUGCCCACUGGUUACCUCAGAAGCUGUGGCAUGUGGAACAAAAGACAAUAUGGGCAGCUGCUAAACCAUGGAGGCUGCCGGUACAACUAUCUGAUGUGGCCCAGGCAUGCUGAGACUGACACACUUGCUCCAGGAUGAGACCAAGAUCACUGCCCAAAACAACAGCCCAUCUUGCUAGAGGGCACAAUCCUCUCCAGUGAUGGCAGGUCAAUUACAUUGGGCCCCCACCUCGGUCUGAGGGGGUGAGAUACGCUCUGGCCUGUGUCGACACAGUAAGUGGGCUGAUGGCAGGCCUAUCCAGUGCCAAAAGUGAACCAGGCAUAUACCAUCAAGGCACUCACCAAGUUGAUGGCUGCCUACAGGACACCUCAAGUCAUUGCAAACGACAGAGGAACUCAUUUUACUGGUACAAUGAUAAACUGCUGGGCAGAAGAAAACAGCAUAGAGUGGCAAUUCCGUCUGCCAUAUAAUCCGACCAGGGCAGGCAUUAUUGAAUGUUAUAACAGUAUUCUUAAGGCUGCUCUGAAGACAGACUCUCAGUCCCUGCAGGGGUGGACAAAAUGACUCUAUGAAACCCUGUGGGACUUGAAUGAAAGGCCUUUAGAUGGCAGACCUAGUGCUCUGAAAAUGCUAUAGACAACAUGGGCCUACCCGCUUAGUAUCCAAAAUAGGGGCACCAAUAGUCAGGUAAGGCCCCAAAUUGACAAUGAAAAUAAUCUUCUGCUCCCUGCCCCUGAAGACGUAGAGCCCGGUACCCAUAAAAUAGAAUGGCCUUGGAAGGUGCACAUAGGACCAAAAUGGUGCAGCCUACUUGCACCUUAGGGGAGAUUGUUGGAGGUUGGGUGAUCGGUCAUCCCCCCAGUAAUAGGUAUGUGGCCUGCAGACAUCAUGGUCAGCAGUCUGGUUUUCAUCGCUAAGGGAACCUUAAUCAUGUCCCGAUGGCAAAUCCGGACUCCCCCUUUGGUAACCAACACAGGUAUGCAGCCUCAGAUAUCGGGCCAAAGGGUAUGCUACAGACAGCCAGGACAUGUCCCAUUGCAAGCCAAAGUGUUGAUCCAGGACAGGAACACGGCCUGUAUCUUGCGAUGUAAGACGGAGUUUCCCCCUCCAGAACAUCUGUACUACUCUCUGUGAGUCUCUUUGAAUUUACAGAAUCACUGGGAAGAGCAAUGUGAUAUCAAGAUGCUCCAGUGUCACUAUAAGAUCAGUGUGACACCUUGCUGGUGGACUAUAUGGUACUAAUGGAUGCAUGCCUGGUCCAACCUACCACAUGCCUCCGGUAAUGUAAUUGAGCAUUGGCCCAUGAAACCUUCAGCUGCAAAUUGACCAUCGAUCAUCUUACAUUAUGUCAACCUGCAUCACAAUGAGCAGUUGUACAAGCACUGCAGUGCAUUGGAUCCUGGUAUUAAGGAGGGGUCAUGCUUCAAUCAGCCCAAUCAUUGGUUCACGCUGUGAAGGGGUGGAGUGUAUGGUAACUGUUGAGUCACGACCUGAACCACUGAUUGAGCACCUGGGGAAAGGACCUGGUCAGCCCUGGGAGCACAGAUGAGGGCAAUUCUUGUGUGUGACUGUAAGGGGUGGAGCCUGGCUGCACCUCUCUUAGACCUCUUUUAAGGGCUGACUGCCACUGUGAAAGGCUCUCUUUCUGGAGAUGCCGCCUUUGUGGAAUUUUCCCCUGUGAGCCUGGAUCUUCGGCAACAGGAAAAUAAAUAUGCAGUAAGAAAGGCUUAGCUGAUUACAGAGCAUACCAUGGGCAUCUAUUUUCUUCUGUUCAUUGUGGGGCUUUGCUGGGGACAGUACAAUCCCAACACUCAGCCUGGGAGGACAUCUAUUGUGCAUCUCUUUGAAUGGCGCUGGGCCGAUAUUGCACUGGAGUGUGAACGCUAUUUAGCUCCUAAUGGGUUUGGAGGAGUUCAGAUUUCGCCUCCAAAUGAAAAUCUUGUCAUUGCUGAUCCCUUGCAACCGUGGUGGGAAAGAUAUCAGCCAGUCAGCUACAAACUCUGCACGCGAUCGGGAAAUGAAGCUGAAUUUAGAGACAUGGUGACCAGGUGCAACAAUGUUGGUGUAUAUGUUUAUGCGGAUGCAGUAGUAAACCAUAUGUGCGGAGGUAAUGCUGGUGCUGGCAAUUAUUCUACUUGUGGAAGCUAUUUCAAUGCUGAGACUAAAGAUUUUCCAGCUGUGCCAUAUUCUGCCUGGGAUUUUAAUGAUGCUAAAUGUAAAUCCAGAAGUGGAGACAUUGAGGAUUAUCAAGAUGUGCCUCAGGUCCGAAACUGCCGCUUAGUUAAUCUUCUUGAUUUGGCCCUGGAGAAGAACUAUGUGCGCUCCAAAAUUGCAGAGUACAUGAACUACCUCAUUGACAUCGGUGUAGCUGGGUUCCGGAUUGAUGCUGCCAAGCAUAUGUGGCCAGGGGAUGUGAAGGCAAUUUUAGAUGAGCUGAAAGAUCUAAAUACUAAAUGGUUUUCUGCAGGAGCUAAGCCUUUCAUUUAUCAGGAGGUAAUUGACUUGGGAGGAGAGCCAAUCACAGGCAGUCAGUACUUCGGAAAUGGACGAGUGACAGAAUUCAAGUACGGUGCCAAACUGGGGAUGGUGAUCCACAAGUGGAAUGGAGAGAAGAUGGCCUACUUAAAGAACUGGGGAGAAGGCUGGGGCUUUGUGCCUUCUGACAGAGCCCUUGUGUUUGUGGAUAACCACGACAACCAGCGGGGGCACGGGGCAGGCGGAACUUCCAUUGUUACCUUCUGGGAUGCCAGACUUUAUAAAAUGGCAGUUGGUUUCAUGCUCGCUCAUCCAUAUGGAUUCACACGGGUAAUGUCAAGUUAUCGUUGGCCAAGAUAUUUCAAGAAUGGAGUGGAUGUCAACGACUGGGUGGGACCACCGAGUAACUCGGACGGAUCGACGAAGUCCGUUACAAUCAAUGCGGACACUACCUGUGGCAAUGACUGGGUCUGCGAACAUCGCUGGAGACAAAUAAGGAACAUGGUUAUCUUCCGUAACGUGGUAGAUGGUCAGCCUUUCUCAAACUGGUGGGACAACGGGAGCAAUCAAAUAGCUUUCAGUCGCGGCAACAGAGGCUUCAUUGUCUUUAAUAAUGACGACUGGAGCUGUCUGUACGCUUUGAUUUUCUCCUGCCUUUUCCCGCCAGCAAGACCAACCGCUGCAGCCUGAGCUAGACUCACGCGGUUGCGUUCCAUCUGUGCGGGGCCAAAAAGGGAGCUUGGAGAAACAGGGCCCUGAGACCAAGAAAUCCCUCACGCUUCAUCGCCCUCACAAGCAGUGGAAUAGCAUCGGGCUCAGUGGUCCUUUUGGAAUACCUGUUGUUUAAGCAUUGCUUUCAAAACAUACUUUUUGUGUAGGUAUAUGAAUGUCAAUUUGCAAACUGGGCUGCCUGCCGGAACCUACUGUGAUGUUAUUUCUGGACAAAAGGAAGACAGUACGUGUACUGGAAAGCAGGUGUAUGUUUCCUCGGAUGGAAUGGCCAAUUUCCAGAUUAGUGACAGCGACGAAGAUCCAUUUGUUGCAAUUCACAUUGAUGCCAAGUUGUAACUUCAUUUGUGUUGUUCUUUGCUGUUGUGUGGAAGAAGGAGAGGUCGGCUCCACCUUGUCAAAUGUCAACUUGCUGGUAAUAAGGUGCUGGGAAAGAGAGAUGGAUAGAAUAAACAGGGAUGUUUUGUAGCUAGGCAUAAGAUAAGCUCUCUGCUGUUAUGAAGACUUGUUAUGGAACUUGCUUUCUAGCUGAUGGAUUGUUAGUGGAAAUGUACUGAAUACGCAUGUUAGAAUAUAAGAAGCUUGCUUAUGAAAAGAGAAUCUUCCUUGCAUAAUGUGGUGUUGGCAGUGAGCGCUAAGAUGAUGUGGUAAGAAUGCCUGAGGAUAGAUUUUGGUCAAGCCACAUUUGGGUGUCCAGUAGAUGACGUAGUGUUUCCUGCUCAGAGGAAAACAGUUGUUUUAAUCCUGGUAGCUAAGCAAUUGAACCAAAAAGCAUAGGGUCACCAUCUCCAAAGUACAUUAUGUAGCAAACAAUUAACUUUAAGCAUUCUCCAGUAUUCAGUCCUUGCCUCCCUGCUUUUGAUGAAAGAACCUUUGGCAUCUUCUGCAGUUUCAGCAGUGUGAAAAAAUGAAAUGUCUUUGUUAGAGUUUUUUUUCUUCCUGUUCAGCUGCAAUAUUCCAAAUACUACAGGCUGAUUCUUAUGUGCCCUUUAUUAAUAAAGGAAUCUUAAGGCUUUGUGCUGUUCUGAGAAAAAAGAUGUGCUGUUCUUGAAAACGAAAUGACUGCUGAGGAGCUCAGAUUUUAGCAGUGUCCUGUUCAAUAAUUAAGCCACAACAACUUCUUCUUAAGCAGCAAGUCACUUAUAGAAGCAAAGCAUGAGAUAAAUAAGUGGAAGCAGAACUGCUACAACAGUUGGUAGGUGUGGAGAGAUUUAUUGAUGACUGGCUGACUGAGAAAAGCCAUGCAGACACUGUGCAGCUGGUUAAGCAACCUUGCCACGCGCAAGGUCAGGUAUGAGAACAAGGAACUAAACAGGAUGCCGAUGAAGAAAGCCGGCAACAGUGAUUUGAGAAGUCUGUAAGAGUGUUUGCUGAGAGAUAACCACAGAGCACAAAGAUAGGCGUAGUUGACACUGACUAGCAAGCCAAUCCUGAGCUCCACUUUAGCAAUAUGUAUAAGCCUAUUAUCCACGCUAUAAAUGUACAUGCUGCUGAAACAAUAAACAAGAUUUGCUGAUCA